AUAUUCUUUUGGAGUAAUAAAUACAUCUUCAACUUAGAAACUAGAUACAUGCUACCAACAUUCAGCUUUACUAUGAAAAGCAUAAUAAUAAGUUAGCCAUCUUCUGUGUUUAGAAGAGAAUAAAAACGAAAGCAACAAUAAGUCAUAAGUAAAUAACACCGUCGCAAAAUAAUUCUCGAGCAACUUGUCUUACAUACAAGAUACGUAUAAAAGGAAAUAAAAAUGAAUUUGGAAUUAUUAGAAUCGUUCGGUCAGAAUUACCCAGAGGAGUUUGAUGGUACAUUAGAUUGCAUAUCGUUAGCAGUUACUUGUACAUUUAACAAAAGGGGAACUCUUCUUGCUGUUGGGUGUAAUGAUGGUAGAAUUGUUAUUUGGGAUUUUUUAACGCGAGGUGUUGCAAAAAUUAUUAGUGCACAUGUGCAUCCAGUGUGCUCAUUGAGCUGGUCCAGAAAUGGACAUAAGUUACUAAGUGCCUCUACAGAUAAUAAUGUUUGCAUAUGGGAUGUUUUAUCUGGAGAGUGUGAUCAAAAAUAUAGAUUUCCUUCUCCCAUAUUGAAAGUACAAUUUCAUCCAAGAAAUCUUAACAAAUUUUUAGUAUGUCCCAUGAGACAUGCAGCAGUAAUGGUUGAUGUUGAAGGCACCCAUAGAGUUAUACCUCUUGACGAUGAUAGCGAUUUAAAUAUAGUUGCAUCUUUUGAUCGCCGUGGAGAUUAUGUAUAUACUGGAAAUGCACGUGGUAGGAUUCUAGUUCUUGAUGCAGAAUCCUUAACUGUGAAAGCUUCUUAUAAAAUAUCACAAGGUACAGCUAGUAAUACAGCUGUGAAAAGUAUUGAGUUUGCCAGACGUGGUUCCUGCUUUUUAGUAAAUACAUCAGAUAGAGUUAUUCGUGUAUAUGAUAGUACUGAAGUACUUGCUUGUGGAAAAGAUGGUGAACCUGAGCCAAUACAAAAGCUACAAGAUCUUGUUAACAAAACUAUGUGGAAAAAAUGUUGUUUUUCUGGAGAUGGAGAAUAUGUAUGUGCUGGAUCUGCAAGACAACAUGCUUUAUAUGUAUGGGAAAAGAGUAUUGGAAAUUUAGUUAAAAUCUUACAUGGAACUAAAGGAGAAUUAUUACUUGAUGUUGUUUGGCAUCCAGUAAGACCAAUAAUUGCUUCAAUUUCGUCCGGUGUUGUUUCUAUUUGGGCUCAAAAUCAAGUUGAAAACUGGUCUGCAUUUGCACCAGACUUUAAAGAAUUGGAUGAAAAUGUUGAAUAUGAAGAAAGAGAAAGCGAAUUUGAUUUAAGUGAUGAAGAUAAGUCAGUGGUACAAGGUGAAGAAGCUCAGGAUGAAGAGAUAGAAGUAGAUGUUGCUUCUAUUGAUAGAGUGGCUGCAUUCUGUAGCUCUGAUGAAGAAAUGGAAGAUAUUGGUUCACUGCAGUUUUUACCAAUAUCACCAGAUGUAGAAGAUUCAGAAGAUAAUCAAACAACACCACAUGAACCACCUAUGAAGAAACAUCGUUCUCAUGAUAUUCACUUACAAGGUGCACCAGUAGAUGAAACUCAUCCAUUAUUAAAUAAAGGAAAAGAUAAACCUACAACAAAAAAAGGAAGGCCCCGGUUGGAACAUAGAAAAGGAAAAUAAUUGGAAUCAUAUUUAUAAAAUAUGUCAUAAAAUGCUUUAAUACUUCCUAUGGAAUGUUUCUUAUAUAUAUUGUUCAGUCUUACAUGUUUUUGUAUCGAAAACUUGUAUUAAGAACACAAAGUUAUUAUGUAUAUUAGAAUAAACAAAUUUUAUAUGUGUAUAUUUAAUAAAUGAACAAGACCUAGCACAUAUUGAUUAUAUAGCUAUGUAUGUUUCACAUAAAAAACUUUAUCGAUUUUUUACGUAAGUUACUAAAUUUCAAAGUUCUGUAUGUUUUCAUACGUAAUCAUACGUAUUACAUGUGUUCCAUAGAUUGUUCUCGGAUAUUCCAAAAUAAAAUGCACCUAACCUAUACAUAUUUUGCUACUGAAUGGCUUUAAACAAAAUUUAACUAAUCGAUAAAUGGUUUAUCUUAUCUUAUGCAGUGAACGUGCAAUAAAAAGUGCGUAGUGUCCAGAUUGACUUACAGCUACGAGG